UAGCCGUGCCUCUGUCGUUGUGCAUAGUUCUUCCUCGCAGUUGCUAAAUAUAUCACUUAUCGUUGAACUAAAAGUUUAUAUAGCUUACGCAAUGUGCAAAUGCACUGUAACCUCAACACUUUUGCGUCUUCUUGUCUGUUGGUUAUCGACUGUUGUUGCCAAAUCGAGCAAAAAUCUAGUCAGUGAUGCCAGUGAUAAUAAUCCGGUAGCAACGGAUGGCUUUUCAUCACUGACUGAAAUCGAGGGUGGUGGAGGACUGAACGUUUUCGGAGUCACAAGUUCAUUUGUUAAUCCUGGAACGCUGCUGUCUUCAGCUUUGGCAAGUGGAGUACAGCAAUUGUCUGAGAUUGUGAAUUCAAUUGAAAAUAUGAAUCACCAGCAGCACCAAGAAUCGCCAAUGUCAUCCAUCACCAUUCAUCAUCAUCACGGUCAACAUCCUACUUCAACGCCAUCGUCAUCAUCCGCCCAACAAUUUUUGGGAUUGUGGAUGGUGGGAAUCAGCAAGAAUCGGUACCAUCUUCUCAUCCAUCAUCGUCAUUUGCGAAAAAUGUGAAAUCACUGGCGCAGUUUUUCGGAAUAGCCAAUAUCUAUAUUGAUGGAAUAAACAGCAGCGACAACAAUUCUGAACCAAUGAAAUGUCCUGCAUGUCCAUGGCAUCACCCUACCAUUGGAUGUCCUGCACCUCCACAACACGUUAUUUUGACUGUGUCUGGUAAAACUAUUAUAUGAUUGAUAAAUGUGAUAAAUUCCAACAGCUUAAUUUAUGCUUCUUCCUA